CCCCCACCUUCCCUCCGAUGGGGGAUUCAGAUGGAUUUAAUGCUGUGCCACAGAUGGCUUCGAUGGGACCACCGCCCGUGUUGAGCUCCCUCUGGACAGGCGGCGCUUCUCCGGACAGCCGCGGAGACUACUACGACGACCCCCACGAAGAGUACUCCGACUGCCGCUACGAGGGCGACUACGAGGGCGACUACUCGAUGCCCACGGAGGAGGACCAAGAGGAGAAGUCGUGCUCCUGUCAGAGCCAGACCUGUCAGAGCCAGAGCGAGUUCAGCUCGAUAGAGCGCACCGAGUCGGACUUGGAGUGGGAGGAGCUCUCCGACGGCCCUUCCCCAGGGUCUCCCCGCUGGAGUCCCUCGGCGCAGUCGUGCUUUCCACAAUGCAGCCGGAGCACCCGCCAGUUGCUGUGGCGCAUGGCCAAUGCCCGGGGCGACGAGACGCUCGUCUUCUUUGCCGUGCUCAUGACCUCAUGA